AUGGGCCUGUGCGUCUCUGGAGGGACUGAUUUUGAACGUGUAAGGCGUUACGAAGGACAAACAUUUCUUGGUGUCAGACACGGAGAAGGAACGUAUCUCUAUCAAAAUGGCGACGUGUACACGGGACAAUGGAAAUGCAACCUCAAACACGGGCUGGGUGUUUUGACGCGUAAAAACGGAGAAGAGUGAGUUUAUUUCACGUUUAUUACUUUUUGAUUACUAGUUUGUCAAUGAAUAAAUAAAUAUAACUUUAACGGCUGUCACAAUUACUGGUAAACCCAGAAGUUUUGGCUCCGGCCGCACUUGGGGACUUUACCGAGUUAUUUCCAAUUAACUAAUUAAAGUCAACUCGUUUAAAAAAACUGCGAGUGCGGCCGGGUUUUCUACAGUCUUAACCGAGUUCUAACCGGGUUAUGCAAAUCAAGGCAGAACAAAAGAUUUUCUUAACCAGGUUUGGUUUUUUUAAACCACCUCGCGAGGUAGUUUAACGUAGGUUAACCUUCAUCUCCACCUACGCUUGAGAAUGAUCCAAAUUUUGGCUUUACCAUGCACGUAAGCACAGUUUUGAAAUUGUUAUUUCGCUCCAAGUUCAGUAUUUCUUUCUUAGUAACACAAAUGAGUUAAGACUUUUAAGAAGUCGACCUCUUUUUCUCGGUAAUACGGGGUCAAAUUUUGUCAGUCACUCGUAGGCGAGUGUUACGAGUGACUCUAGCGAGCGGAAGAAGAAACAAAAAACCGCGCGACAUUGAAUGACUUUGUGAAAUUCUAAAUUGAGUCCGGCCGCUGAUAUAAGUUAACCUGGUUAAACUCUUUUAACCAGGUUACGCUCUAAAGAAUUUUUUACCGGGUUUUUCAAAAACUAACCCGGUUAAAGUAACAGUGUCACGACUGUGCGCACGCGCGAGCGUCAUCUGUGUUUUUCUUCAAUGACAAUAGAACUGUCAUGUUGACUCGACAAGAUUUCCUUCCGGACCUCACCGCCGACGGAGAUUUGUUGUUUACAUUCUCAAGUAAUAUUUUAGACUUUCGAAGAAGUGUUUCGUCUUAUUAAAAAUUUGGCUGGCGGCACGAAGACUAGCCUGCGUAGCAAGCGUUUCCGUUUGGUUUCGGAGCAAAAAGAGACCGUGGAAGGGGAUUUUCGGUUUUGAUCGCGCGAGAAAUUAAACGAGAACCAAAAAAAUUAAAGAAUGGGGAGGGGGAGGGGGAGGGGAAAAAAGGAAACCUUUCUUUCCUUCUUUCUUUCCUUUUUUCUUUCCUCCCUUUCUUCCCCAGCCCCUCCCCUGUCCUUUUCUUGCGCCAUUUUUCGCGCCGUCUUUGACUCUUGUUCCUUUUUCUUUGCUCCUAAACCGUACAGAAACGCUUGCUACGCAGGCUACACGAAGACUCAUUGCGAUUUUUUUCGCUAGCGGGGCCGCCUCGCAAGCCGAAAAUCUGGUUCCGCUUGUUUGAAAAACAGCUUUUCUAAUGUGAAACUCAUGUCAGAGGUCAAUCGCUCCAAGUCCAGUGAAAUUUGCCUGAUUUGCUCGCGUUCUAGCCUCAAACGUUUGAAAGAUAUAAAUAAAAAUGCAAUCUUAACGCUAUGAAUUAUCGCAAAGGUUAGUCCAAAAAUAUAUUAUGAUUUUAUUGCACUAGUUUUUCUAAACAUGUAGCGCCUGUUUGUUUUAUUUUGUCGGCCGUAGGAUGGUUAAUUUUAAAGUUUACAAACGCGUCGUUGCAAAACAUUCUGCUUCACAAAGCUUCCACAAGAUCUCCUCAGUCACAUCCAUGUCUCAAUAGUUUCUUUCUUACAGUCUCUAUUGUUGCUGUUUCAUAUAUACGUAAUCCUUUCACAAUUCAUUGGCUUGUAGGGAAGCUGGCAGAAGAAAUAAGCCUUCAAUCGGCAUCAAAGCGCUUCCCAGCUUUUGGUCCUCCGGCCAACGGCAAUAAAAGUAACGACAAAAAAUCCUGAUUUCGCCCAAAUCAAAACUCAACCGGAGCAAUAUAUCAUUGAUCUGUAAUGCUGAGAGGUUUUAGUGCGGUAUCGAACUCGGCCAAGCGCGUUGCAAACGGAUUUUUCAAGGUUCUCUUACUCUCCUCGCAUCUUUUGAUUUCGCGACAUCCGGUCCAAAAAUCAAAGUUUGGUGCGUGCGCAGUAACGGGAUACUGUUCCUUUAAGUUGCCAAGUACGGCCUCAGCCAAUUCGCUACGACCCAAAAUGAACACGGCUUAGUGUCGUGUUUUCAUUUGUCAUUAACCUGAGAAUAGAGAUAUAUCGCGCGCAAAUAUACGUAUUAUUCAGAUUAUUACAAGAUCAGUUUUAAUGUCUCCGGCUUGUGUAUCUCGCUCGUUUGUUUUUUCCGAAAGAUGGAACGUAAUUAAUAUUAUAAUUGUACUAAUUUCAUCAUACGAAGAAAAUGAAAAAAAAAAAAUCAUCUUCCAUUUCGACCAAUGGAACAGUGCUUAAUAUGUACACGCGUAACAUUCAUUUUUCUAUGGCUUUUAAAAAGACAGAAACUGUAUUUUGCGUUUUGAUAUUUUAAUGCUCUAGUAUAUUUUAUUACGUUGGCGAAGCGCGAAAUAAAGGAUUCGCGACUUCAGGAAUGUCCCAAAGUUGCUUUACCGAAAUAGCUAACUAUAGCUAUCCCCGUCUUGACUAUAGUUAGUAGCCCAGAUGUGACCGCAGCCAUUGUAGCCCGAAAUUACAGAAAGAAAAUAGGAUUUCUGGUUUGCAAAAGAGAAAAUUUCGCCGGCCUUCAAUCGCACCGAAAGCGUCCUACUUCCCAUCACGCUCGUUUCACCGCUCAACUUUUGUCCCCCCAGGAUACAUGUAUACAAAAAUUGGCGCGGCGAGUUUGCAGCUCGCUUAGCCUGCAGUGCAGGCGUAUUUUGGGUGGGCGAAACCUUGUUCGUGUUCGUAAUAUUGUUGUAGCCGCCAUCUUUGAUUUUAUGACAGUGGAAGAUUGGGGAGAAUAGAAAUAGUAACCCUUACUGACUCGCCCCAUCUCCUCCUCUCUUCGGUAAGUUUCAACAUGGCGCUUUCGCGACCAAAUUACGCGCUCAAAGAAUUCGCCUGCACUGCAGGCUACAGCUCGCUAUGAUCCACGCGCAGUCCACGCACUGCCCGUGCGCUUCGCACGCGACGUGAUUAUUAACUCACUUCGCCAGGGAAAAACCAGUUUGGAUAAGAAAUCAUUGCAGGGUUAGGGAUAGUGUAGGCUGCGAAAACAGACGUUUCUCCUCACUGCUCGCCGCUGGGGACAUUUCGCGAAACGUUCCCAAGCGGCAAUGAACGAGGAAAAACGUUUGUUUUCGCAGGCUAGGGAUAGUGCAUCUGGUGGUACCUUAGUUAUUGCUGAUCAUGAUUACAGAGCAAUCAGAUGUAAAAUAAUUGUAGUACAGUGAUACUAGUUAACGCGUUUUCCCCCUCUGCAUAUGUUGUUUCACUUACCAGUGCAUUUCUACAGACUACAGGGAGUACCGCGGGUGCAUCAAGACGACUGAGAAUUUCACUGAAUUGAUAAAAAUAGCGUCUCGCGCCUUCAGUCACGCGCGUGGUCAUUUUCGUGUAUCGCGCUUUUCGCUCGACGGACUGAGAAGAAAUACGAGAGACUGCUUGUAGUCUAUCGAUGUUGUAACAAAAAGUGCAAGUAGUUUGGUUAUGUCAGUCCUCGGUUCUAUCUAAUAACUUGCGUAAUCUAAAGAGUAAAACGGGUCUUCCAUAUUUUUUCUUUCACUUACACAGAAUACGAGGUUUUUUCUAUCGUAAUCAAUACAUAGGAACAGAACCUGGCAACUUAUUCGCCGCUACAACGUGUUGUUGUUUGGGAGAGGAACCCCCCGCUCAACCGCUCGUGAAUGAGAAGGAAGAGAUAAGGUAUGACCAUCCAUUGUAG